AUGAUCCUGGCCGCCAAAGCCAAUUCCAAAGAUAAUCCAGGUUGGGAAGAAGCUAUGAACGGUCCUCUAGCCGAUGGUUACAUGGAAGCAGCUAUCAAGGAGAUCGAGACCCUACAGCAAAUGGAGGUCUGGGAAGUGGUUCCCCGACUUCAAUCAAUGAAUGUCCUUCCGUCAACAUGGGCAUUCAAAUGUAAAAGAUAUCCAGAUGGAAAAGUUCGAAAACUGAAAGGACGGUUCUGUGUGAGAGGUGAUCGACAGAAAGAUGGGAUCGAUUACGAUUCAAAUGAAAUAUUCUCACCGGUCGUCUCUUGGCAGACAGUCCGCCUGCUCCUAAUUCUCUCCCUUGUACUGGGACUCGAAACUAAGCAAGUUGAAUACACCGCCGCUUUCACUCAUGCACCCAUAGGAGACAAGGAAGUCUUCUGGAAACUGGAAAAUGCAGGAUUCGAAUCUCAAGAAGAAGUUGAUCCAUGUCUCUUUAUUUCAGAUAAAGUUAUCUGCCUUGUUUACGUCGACGACACAUUGUUCUUCAGUCCUAAAGAAGAGUACAUAAACGAAGCAAUUGAGAGUUUGAAAAGUCAAGGUGUUGCAGUGGAAAUUGAAGAUUCUGUUGCUGGAUUUCUUGGAGUCCAUAUCGAACGCGACGAAUCCAACAAGACUAUCAAACUUACUCAAAAAGGACUAACCGAACGGAUCAUUGAAGCCCUCAAUAUUGACCAGGAACCUCAGAAACACACCCCUGCGUUGAAAGAACCCCUUGGAAAAGACGAGAAUGGAGAUCCGGCAAAUGGCAGUUUCUCAUAUGCAAGCGUGAUCGGAAUGGCCUUGUAUCUUUGCGGACACUCUCGUCCGGACAGGGAAGCAUAUGGUUUAAAGCACUAG